GCUCCGCCCUCUCUGCCGGCAGCGGGCGGCGGCGUAGCCUGCAGACCCGGGGGGCAAGUGGGGAUGGCGGCGGUGGCGGUGGCUGCGUGCCGGCUGCUGCGGCUCCGUGCGGCCGGGGCUGAGGGACGCUGGCGUCGGCUCCGUGGCGCGGGGCUGCCGCGGGCCUUCCUGCAGCCCGCCUCGGCCGACGCGGAUGCGACCCAGAGGCGGGAGGUAGCUCACUUCACUUUCCAGCCCGACCCGGAGCCCCUGGAGUACGGGCAAACUCAGAAAAUGAAUCUCUUCCAGGCAGUAACAAGUGCCUUGGAUAACUCAUUGGCCAAAGAUCCUACUGCAGUAAUAUUCGGUGAAGAUGUUGCCUUUGGCGGAGUCUUUCGAUGUACUGUUGGCUUGCGAGACAAGUAUGGUAAAGAUAGAGUUUUUAAUACCCCAUUGUGCGAACAAGGAAUUGUUGGAUUUGGAAUUGGAAUUGCAGUCACUGGGGCUACUGCCAUUGCGGAAAUUCAGUUUGCAGAUUAUAUUUUCCCUGCUUUCGAUCAGAUUGUUAAUGAAGCUGCCAAGUACCGCUAUCGCUCUGGGGACCUUUUUAAUUGUGGAAGCCUCACCAUCCGGUCCCCUUGGGGCUGUGUCGGCCACGGGGCUCUCUAUCACUCUCAGAGUCCUGAAGCAUUUUUUGCCCACUGCCCAGGCAUCAAGGUGGUUGUACCCAGAAGCCCUUUCCAGGCCAAAGGACUUCUUUUGUCAUGCAUAGAGGAUAAAAAUCCUUGUAUAUUUUUUGAACCUAAAAUACUUUACAGGGCAGCAGUGGAGCAGGUUCCCAUAGAACCGUACAACAUCCCCUUGUCCCAAGCCGAGGUCAUCCAGGAAGGGAGUGAUGUUACGCUCGUUGCCUGGGGCACUCAGGUUCACGUGAUCCGAGAGGUGGCUUCCAUGGCUCAAGAGAAGCUAGGAGUGUCUUGUGAAGUCAUUGAUCUGAGGACUAUACUACCUUGGGAUGUGGAUACAGUUUGCAAGUCUGUGGUCAAAACAGGGCGACUGCUAGUCAGUCAUGAAGCUCCCUUGACUGGCGGCUUUGCUUCAGAGAUCAGCUCCACGGUUCAGGAAGAAUGUUUCCUGAACCUGGAGGCUCCUAUCUCAAGAGUGUGUGGGUAUGACACCCCGUUCCCUCACAUUUUUGAGCCAUUCUACAUCCCAGAUAAAUGGAAGUGCUAUGACGCCCUCCGAAAAAUGAUCAACUAUUGACUAUAGAGAGAAAUUGGAAGAUUAUGACUAGAUAUGGAAAUAUUUUUCUGGAUUUUUUACAUUUCUUCUUCUUGAAGAUAAGAGUUUUUAUGAAAUGAACCGUCUUGGAUAUUGGCUGAAAAAUUAUGGAUUAAGUGUCAUAUUAAAGCAUAUGAAUUGAUAAUUUCCAUUCAGAGUAUUUCAGAUUAAUUUUUUUAAAUGUUCCACACAAUAGGCUUAUAAAUUUUGUUUAAUCAUGUAUGUAAAUAUUGGAUGUGGGAGAGUAUUCAAUAAAGCAAAAUCAGAUUAUCUUCA